GCGAGGAUCAUCCGGCGCGGCGACCCAGUCGUGUUUGUCACUGGCUCGGGUCUGUCUGCGCCGAGCGGCAUUCCGACGUUCCGAGGCGCGGAGGGCGUGUGGGCCAAGUGGGUCCUGGAGUGGGGCACACGCGCCGCCUUUCUCGCCGACCCUCGCGGCUGGUAUGACAAUUUUUGGAUCCCAGCACACGUGGUCGCUGAGCCUGGUUCAACGAGCGAGCGGACCUACGAGCCGUCCGCCGGACACUUCGCGGUUGCGGAGGUUGCCGCGUGCCGCCAGACCAACGUGCACGUCAUCACGCAGAACAUCGAUGGGCUGCAUCAGAGGGCCGGCCUGCCCUCGGAGCGGCUGGUCGAGGUCCACGGCCGCGCCGGGCUGCUCAAGUGCGUCUCGCCCGGCUGCCGAUACGCGGCCGCCGAGAGCAUCGGCCCGGCGCAGUUAGACCUCGCGACCGCCACAGCCGAGUGGGAGGCGGGUGCGAAGGGUCCCGAUGCGGCGCGAACGGUGCUGGGUGCGCUGCCAACCUGCCCUGCCUGCGGCGCGCCGGCGCUGCCGCAGGCGCUGCUCUUCGACGAGGAGUACGAGUCGCACUCCUUUUACCAGUACCGCAAGGCGCGCCGCUGGCUCGACGGUGGACAGGCGCUUGUCUUCGUCGGCACCUCCUUCGCCGUCGGGGUGACGGAGCAUGCGCUCCUCGGCGCUCCUCGCCGCCAG